AUGCCCUCCACCCAAACCUACGAAUCCCGCUCCCAAACGCACCCUACAGCAGCGGGACGCAAACUCCUACAAAUAAUGGCGCAAAAGCGCACAAACCUCUGCCUGUCGGUUGACCACACAGACCCGGAAAAGAUCCUCGCACUGGUACGCCAACUCGGUCCCAAAAUCUGCCUGCUGAAAACCCACAUCGACAUAAUCGCCUUCCCCCCGACCACCGCCGCCUCUUCAAUAAAAUCCUUUACGACGAAGCUGCAGGAGCUAUCCCGUGAGCACGCAUUUAUGAUCUUUGAGGAUCGCAAAUUCGCCGACAUCGGCAGCACGGUGCAGCACCAGUACCGCGGCGGCGUCUACGAGAUCGCGAGUUGGGCCGAUAUAACCAACGCCCACGCGGUGCCCGGUCCGGGAAUCAUACGAGGGCUGAAGGAGGUCGCGGACGGGAUCGGACAGCCACGUGGGCUGCUGCUGCUAGCCGAGAUGAGCUCCAAAGGGAAUCUGGGCGGCGGAGAGUACCAGCAGAGGACGCUGGCCAUGGCUAGGGAUAGGGAGUGGAGGGGGUUUGUCAUGGGGUUUAUUGCUAUGAAGGAGGUUGGUGGGGGGGAGGAGGGGGAGGAUUUUAUCGUCAUGACCCCCGGCGUUGGAUUGCAGGUUGGGGGGGAUGGGCUUGGACAGCAAUAUAGGACUCCAGAAGAGGUUGUCGGCAGGGAUGGGUGCGAUGUGGUUAUCGUUGGGAGGGGGAUUGUCGGCGCUGAUGAUCCAGUGGCCAUUGCCGAGGUUUAUAGGGAGAGGUCGUGGAGGGCUUAUGAGGGGAGGGUUAAGAAGGGGCAAUAGGCAGGAAGGCUGCUUGGAUGUUUUUCUUCUUUUACUUCCCCCCCCUGUGAAAGCUCCUGGGGGCUAGAGAGAGAUUCGCCAUUACAUCGUCCCACAGGUUCUUCCAAUCGAGUGAUUAUUUGUGAUGAUGCUUAUUCCCGCGGCCUCAUUAACAUCGUGAGGAAGCCGGGUCAGCUUUACUUAUCAUACAUCAUACUGUACCAUCUAUCGCACCUCUUCGUGGAACUCAAGUGCGCAAGGGGAAGAAGGAGAGGGAAAGUAUGAACAAAUUCUUGCAAAAAUGAAAAUGUCGAAGGAAAAACAGCCCUAUGAAGCCUCUAUCCUCACAAAUUUCACCCUUUGUUGAAAAUGGCAGUUAAAUACCCGUAGAUUGAAAAUGCGGUGGUGUGUGUACCUCUCAUAUGAGGAUGCGUAAGCAGUGAAAGGUUUUCACCUCUAUGUUUCCUUUCUUUUCUCUUUCUCUGAAGUCAAUCAUCUCCACUCCUUACUUCCUGUACGAAACUCUCCUCGCUUCUCUUCUCUCUAUUGUCUACACAUACAAUACAAGGUUCUCUCAUCC